AUGUCAUCUUUUGGUACAUUAUUCAGAGUUACAACAUAUGGAGAAUCACAUUGUAAAUCAGUAGGAUGUAUAGUAGAUGGUUGUCCACCAGGUUUAAAACUUGAUGAAUCAGAUAUUCAACCACAAUUAACAAGAAGAAGACCAGGACAAAGUAAAUUAUCAACACCAAGAAAUGAAGCAGAUGCAGUAGAAAUACAAAGUGGUACUGAAAAUGGAAUAACUUUAGGAAGUCCUAUAGGAAUGACUGUAAAAAAUAAAGAUCAUAGACCUGGUGAUUAUAGUGAAACUGAUCUAUAUCCAAGACCAAGUCAUGCUGAUUAUACUUAUAUACAAAAAUAUGGUUUAAAAUCUGGUAGUGGAGGUGGUAGAUCUUCUGCAAGAGAAACUAUUGGAAGAGUUGCUGCAGGAGCAAUAGCUGAAAAGUUAUUAACAAAAAUAAAUAAUGUUGAAAUUGUUGCAUUUGUUUCAUCAAUUGGAGAAAUUUCAAUGAAUAGAAAUCCACAAGAUCCAAAAUUUCAAGAAGUAUUAAAUAAUAUAACUAGAGAAGAAGUUGAUGGUGUUGGACCAAUAAGAUGUCCAGAUGCAUCAGUACGAGAAGAAAUGGUUAAGGUUAUUGAAAAAUAUAGAGAUUCAAAAGAUUCAAUAGGAGGUGUUGUUACAUGUGUUAUAAGAAAUUGUCCUAUUGGAUUAGGUGAACCAUGUUUUGAUAAAUUAGAAGCAAAAUUAGCUCAUGCAAUGAUGAGUUUACCUGCAACAAAAGGUUUUGAAUUUGGUUCAGGAUUUAUUGGAACUACAAUACCUGGUUCAAAACAUAAUGAUUUAUUUAUUUAUGAUGAAACUAAUAAAAGAUUAAAAACUAAAACAAAUAAUUCUGGUGGAAUACAAGGUGGUAUAUCAAAUGGUGAAAAUAUUUAUUUUUCAGUUGCUUUUAAAUCUGCAGCAACAAUAAGUCAAGAACAAGAAACUGUUACAUAUGAUGGUAAAAAUGGAAUAUUAGCAGCAAGAGGUAGACAUGAUCCCAGUGUUACACCAAGAGCAGUACCAAUAGUUGAAACUAUGGCUGCAUUAGUAUUAAUUGAUCAAUAUUUAAUUCAACAAGCUAGAAAUUCAACAAGAAAUAUAAUAGAAAAUUCACAAUAUUAA